AUGACACAAAGCAUGCUGUACCUUCUCUACCAGCUGGGCGGACCCCAGCUCCGCAUGUUCCAAAUGAACUUCAUCCAGCUGGUGCAGUGCGACAGGGAACAGCCUGAGGACACGGUGCAGUUCUGGAUCCCCAUGGAGAUGACCAGGGUGGACCUCAGGAAUUACCUCGGGUGCGGUUACAGCAUGCUGGUGGCUGCUGUGCGAACGCAGCUGCAGCACAGCUCCAACAGGAAAAGGGAUUACAGAAACAUAAGAAUAAAGAAGCCAGACUACAAGGUUGCUACCAUGCAGCAGGCCCACGGACAGACCUUCAUAUUCCUGGAUCUGUUUCCCAAGAAGGAGCAGAGCCCUGAAGGGGGCUCCGCUGAGAACCCAGAGCAGGUUCCUGGAGGAGCAGCAGCAGAGCAGCGACCUCCAGCGUGA